CUUUAACUCUUCACAGCCAACCCACCCUCUCUCUCUCUCUCGUAUUUCUCGAACAGAACCAGAACCAGAACCAGAUAGAGUGGCAGUGUGUUUCCUUGCAGUAAGAUUCAGUGAAGGAAUGGAGGGUGACAAUGCAGUUAAAACGAAUGAGGAAACCAUUGCUGAUAAAAUUCAUGCUGAAGCACCUGUUGUGGCACCAGAAAAGGAAGAAAAAAAUGCUACCAAUGGUGAAAGACCUCUAAAAGCCAAUGAAACAUCUAAGCAUGUUGCCAAAACUGAAGGUCUUAAUUCCUCUGGCAUAGCAAGUGAAGGUGCAGCAAGUGUUUCUGAAAGAAAACUCUCAAAUGCCUUAAAGGAACCUGCUAUGAGGAAAGGCACUGGUUCAAAGAACAGCAAAUUGGCCAAGGAUAUGCCUAAUGUGAAAGGCUCAGGUCCAUUUUCUCAUAGCCAGAGACCAAUACUUUCUCAGAGUCUUUCAUUUCCAGCAAAAGGUGUGCGUACUAAUAAUAUGAGGAAGAGCAUCGAGGGACACCCACUCAAAACUGCUGUCAAGCUUUCCCGGGAUGAAGGAACAAAGGUGCAGGUUCCUUUUUCCAAUGGAUCAGUCACUUCAAGUCCCCGUUUCAACCGAGCCAACAGGCUUGCACCCACUGGAGCAAAUUCAAAGGAAUCAAAUAUUAAUGGUAGUAAGACUUUAACUAAGCAGACUUCCUCCACAAGCAAGUCUAGCAGUCAACAGGCUGCGUCUGUGAAAUCAAGUUCUUUGACUGAAGCUGCAAGGUGCCCUCCAACCCAGGUUUCUGAGUCUGCUGCUGAUCAAAACUCAAAACCUGAGACAACCACAUUGUCAAGCAAAGAAGAAGAUGACACCCAUUCUACAACUUCAAGUGCCACUCUUAGCGGGCGGAGAAGUAGCGGCUCUGGAUUCUCCUUCAGAUUGGAAGAACGUGCUGAGAAACGGAAGGAGUUCUUUUCAAAGCUUGAAGAGAAGAUCCAUGCUAAAGAAAUAGAACAAACUAACUUGCAGGCAAAAUCAAAGGAGAGCCAGGAAGCAGAGAUCAAAAAACUGAGGAAGAGUUUGACAUUUAAAGCUGCACCUAUGCCAUGUUUUUAUAAAGAGCCUCCUCCAAAAGUGGAACUAAAGAAGAUACCGACUACUCGUGCAAAAUCACCGAAGCUUGGAAGGCGCAAGAGCUCUACCACUUCAAUGAACAAUUCUUUCGAAGAUGUUGGAUCUUCUUUUAGCCCACGAGCUUCUCACAGCCCACUUCUGAACCAAGAAUCAAGCAACCCAGCCAAAGGAGUUCAGAGAAACGGUAACGUGGAUAAUGGUGCUUCAAAAACACCAAUUAGGAAGUCCCAGCCUAAGCUUCAGUCUCACCAAAUAACAGCCAAUGGAAUGGAAGGAAAGACUGUCAAGUCCAAAGCGAAGCUACCAGGAGCAGAGAGUCAAACCCAGAAAGCUAAUGUUGAAAAAGUGGAAGUAAACGAGAAUAACUUAAUGAAAGUUCCUGUAUGCGAGAAUGGAAUUGAGACCAUGCCCGAAAACAACACUCCUCAGAACAAUGGAUCGGUUUUGUCCUCGUCCAAUCCUGAGAUUAUGCUCCCUCAAGUCACAGUUGGAGGGUGAGAACUUGAUUGUUUCGUCUUGUGUCUGUAGGUUUUGUUCAAGUUCCAUCAUGUUGUGAAUAGCCUGGUUGUAUGUUAAGGGUAUAUGGCAUUUUUUGGGGUACUUGUGAAAUUAACAUUAAUCUACCAAAUUGUGCAUGAUAUAAGCUUGUAUUCUUUUGUUAAAUUUUAUUGAAGUGUUUGGCAAAAAAAAAAAAGGAACUUCAUAAUUA